AUGUCAGCCUCGAGGGCGGGGCCCCGGGGGGGGGGGGCCGGGAGAGUCAGGCAGCCGAGACAGGACCCGGGGAGGCGGGGCAGGGCCCCCGGGGAGGCGGGGCAGGGCCCCCGGGGAGGCGGGGCAGGGCCCCCGGGGAGGCGGGGCAGGGCCCCCGGGGAGGCGGGGCAGGGCCCCCGGGGAGGCGGGGCAGGGCCCCCGGGGAGGCGGGGCAGGGCCCCCGGGGAGGCGGGGCAGGGCCCCCGGGGAGGCGGGGCAGGGCCCCCGGGGAGGCGGGGCAGGGCCCCCGGGGAGGCGGGGCAGGGCCCCCGGGGAGGCGGGGCAGGGCCCCCGGGGAGGCGGGGCAGGGCCCCCGGGGAGGCGGGGCAGGGCCCCCGGGGAGGCGGGGCAGGGCCCCCGGGGAGGCGGGGCAGGGCCCCCGGGGAGGCGGGGCAGGGCCCCCGGGGAGGCGGGGCAGGGCCCCCGGGGAGGCGGGGCAGGGCCCCCGGGGAGGCGGGGCAGGGCCCCCGGGGAGGCGGGGCAGGGCCCCCGGGGAGGCGGGGACUCGGGGGACGGGCCCCCGAAGGUGCUGCAGCUCAGGUGGAAGGAAGAGGCUGCUUUGGCCACGCGUUGUCCCUGCAGCCCAGCGGGAAGCGAACACAUUCUCAAAAGCUGAAGGCUCCAGCGACCCCUCUUACCAGCAUCACAGCAGUCCCAGGUUGCAACAAGGACGGUGUCAGAGAGGGCUGUAAAAAAUGUGGCUACCCUGGUCGCCUGACUUGA